GGCUUGUUUUGCAGCGUGGAUAUCGGCCAGGCGCUGGCACAGAUAGACAACUUGUCUUGCAGUCGACAUGCAACUCUAUACUUGACUGCAGCCAGGCUUAUUCUAGACGGUCAGCACAGAUACCGGCAUACGGUCUCUGUUGAACCGAUCACGCCUUAUAGCGGGGACGGAAGGGGGCGUGACUACCGAUGCUGAGGCACAUGCUGCUCCAGAUACGGGAUCCAUAUGGUUUCCAUCCAGGGCGUCAUGAUGGCGGGUUUCCUGACACUUGUCGUCACCACAAUGAUGCUGCUUCUUCACACCUACGGACACAGAGACACGGGCAACGUCGUGUCGUGGAUGGAUUCCCGUAAAAGUCCAGAUGUCCAUUUAAUAGGGUCGUUCGGUCAGUCUGCUGGAGUCACCACGCCUCAUGGACAUGGGUCAUCAGACAGGAUAUGUACGAAUCGUCAUGGUGACACGCGUUACAGAGUGUCCUGUGACGCUGACAAGGCCCCGCCUUCCCCUCUUCCCCAAGACGCAACCGUGUUUGAGUUCGAUGAGUACCCGAAAGAUGAACGCCUAUGGCCCGAGAUCGGCAAUGGCCACGUGGCCACAGUCGUCAAGGGCGACUCCAUGUUCAUGAAUGGUCUGUAUAACGGCAAGGAACGGGACAGUCACAGAGCCCGACUUCCGUCCACCGUGGCCGUCUCCAUCACCUCCAUUACCCCUAGCAACGUCACUAAGAAAUUCGCCCUUGACAUUGGCAGAGGUGUAUACUAUGAGCGCUAUGACGGAGAUGGGUUCUACGUUGAACUACGUAUGUAUGCACACAGAGUGGUGACGAGCGUGAUCGCCAUAGAGCUGAUCAUAGCCGACACGUCCGACAACCGCAACAGUGACGUCGCGGUGACCUUACACGUCAACAACGGCACAGCCAGUGACGACAUCACUUGGACGAAGGUUGACGACAGCGGUCAGAUCACUUCAAAGAGCGGCUACACCAAAGAAGCUGAGUACUUUGCGGUGGCACCGGUGACGCCGGUGACAGUUUUUUCCAGCAACAUCCCCAGCAGAGCGUCACUUCCGGGAGGCAUCUCCAAGGAGGAUGUUGUUUUCUUCACGUCUAUCAGCACAGACAAAAGCAAGGCCAUCGACGGCUUCAACCAAGCUAUGGCGUUAAUGUCGAAUGGGACGCUAUACUCCUCCCACGUGGCUGCUUGGGGGGAUCUUUGGGAGAAGGGUCGCGUGGAUGUGGAGGGGAACCUCACCCUUGCCAGAAUCAACUAUGCCUGUCUCUACUACCUCACCAGUUCUCUCCCUUUGAAGGAGGAUGCCGCCUGGCCAUUCGUUGGCCUGUCGCCAGGAGGACUAGCCCACGGCGCCCGUGGGAAGGAUUAUAACGGCCACGUGUUCUGGGACCAGUCCACGUGGAUGUUCCCACCAAUCAUGAUGCUCCAUGCUGACCUAGGCCGCACGGUGGUUGGCACCCGCAUACGCACGUUGAAAACAGCCCAGAUGUUGGCCAACUCGACUGGAUACCGCGGAGCCAGAUUUCCAUGGGAGUCGGCAUUCACAGGAAUGGAGACCAGUCCUUCAGAGGCUUGUGGUGAUCUGGAACAACACAUCACCGGCGACGUGUCCCUGACGUUCCGCCAGUAUCUUCAACUCACAAACGACACCGACUUCCUCACCCUGGGGCGGGGACUGGACGCUAUCACCAACAUGGCCGAAUUCUGGGCCUCGCGGGUUGUCAGGAACACCACUACAAAUCUGUGGGAAAUACAUGGUGUGAUGCCGCCGGACGAGUACCACUACAACGUUAGCAACUCCGUCUACACCAACACCAUCGCCAAGCUCAGUCUACUGACCGGGGUGUACUCCAGCAAGAUGGCGGGUCAGGUUGCCCCUGACAACUGGCAGGACAUCGCCGACAACAUGUACAUCCCCUUCGACGACAAGCUACAGUAUCACCCCGAGUUUGACACCUACAAGAUAGGCACGGUGGUGAAGCAGGCGGACGCGGUGAUGCUGGAGUUCCCACUGAUGUCGCAGCUACCGCAACAUGUGCUCAGGAAUGACGUCACUAUCUACGAGAAGGUGACUCCUGGUGGCCCAGCAAUGACUUGGGGGAUCUUCGCCAUCAACUGGUUGCAGCUAGGUGACAAGGUCAAGGCCGACUCACUGUUUCAGCGCACCAUCUUGAAUGUCCAAAAACCGUUUUAUAUCUGGACAGAGAACGCGGAUGGUAGCGGGGCCGUCAACUUCCACACUGGUAUGGGGGGAUAUCUACAGGCAGUUAUUUUUGGUUAUGGUGGAUUCCGUAUUGAGGAUACACAACUAGCGUUCAACCCCAACCUCCCUCCGUCAACCACACGCCUCUCCAUCACCGGCCUCGACUACGGCGGCAACUCUGUGGAUCUGGCAGUGGACGCCACCAACAUGACAGUCACUGCAACAUCACUCGCCAACCCCAUGACCGUCACAGUGUUUGGUCUUGGGGUCACUGAUAAUCUACUUCUUAAUCAACCUCGGACAUAUGCUAGACAAAGGGCGGCUUUACGCAUAACAUUCAAAUAGUCUUUACUGGCUGGAAAUGAACAAUUUCAAGAUAUUUUACUUUUUGUAAUAACUUUAUUAAAAAAUAAACAUUUUUUUAUGUU